AUGACGAAUUCUCCUUCAGAAUGCUCUCUUUUUCACGAGAUUUUCGCGACAAACUGGGUUAAAGAUGAUCCAGAAUUUGCCGAAGAGUUAAAACAUUAUGAAAGCGCUAUAAAAAGACUCAUGGCUGUUGAUAUUGACUUAACAACCUUCAUAAAAGAACAGCCAGUCCUCGAUUCAGAUCAAUUAUCAUCAAUCCCUGUUAUAGAAUCUAUCGGAAAAACAACAAUUAUUGCGGAAAUUCGUAUUGCAGAGUCAGGAGCAGGAGCAAUUUUCCAAAUAUACUCGACUAAUAUACCAUUAGGAGCCAUUUUCAAAUCAAUUACUUUAGAAUCUGGUCAACAAAUAAGAACUGCAACAGAUACUGAUUUAUCAAAAGAAUUUCUCGAAAUUAGUAUUCCAUUUACUCAAGCAACGAAAGUUAAGUGCGCAUGGGAAAACCCAAUGGUUAGACUAUCUCCUGCGCUAUCUAAAGUUAUGCAAACUCAAGUUGCCUUGCCUGGAAUGGUUUCUCUCAAAAUUCUUUCCCAUAUAGAAGCAAAACAUCUCGUAAAUAAUGGAGAGAUCAAAUCCGAUCCAUUCUUAAAGUCAAUUUUCAAUCUUGACGUUAUUAAAAUGGAAAAUCUCGGACAGUUGAUAAAUUCGAAUUUAACACCCAUGGAACCACUUACUUUCGAUUUACAAUUCCCUUCGUCAAGGAAAGCGUUCUCAAUUCACUUUCCUGUUAUGUCGAAUGAAAGUUCCGGACAGUUUAGGCCAAUUCAGGUCGACGUUGCACCUAUUAAAGACCCACUACUUGAAGCUUAUAGAUGCAAGGAACAAAUUUGCGCGGCGGAUGCAUUUUUAGAUAAUCCCCACGCAUUUGCUGAAAAUGAGGUCUUGUUAGAGUCUAGACUCACUGAUGUUCCGGAAUUGUACUCAUCUACUUUCUUGUACGACCAGCCUUGGGUUCUCAAAGCUUCCGAAGAUUAUCUCAAGACGCAGAACUAUAAAGUUAGAGCUCAGAAGAAAUAA